GCGCGCCGCCGCUCUCUGGCCCCGCCCAGGAGGAGUGACUUCAGACCGGAGACCGAGCUCUCCAGCGGCCGCAGCUUCAUCAGCGCACUCUCCCGCGAUUCACGCUUGGAAUAUAACGGCGUUCCGCGCGCGGUUCAGGAUGAAGGGUGGAGGUUUGGCAGGGGGCUGCAGCCUCUGUUAGAUUCACCGCCUCACCCUCGUCAUCACCCUCAUCAUCAUCAGCAUCAUCAUCAUCAGCAUCAUCAUCAUCAUCAUGGCCAAUCACCUGGAGCUGUUGACAGAGCUGCAGCAGCUGGAUAAGGUGCCCAGUCUGGAACGGCUCCGGGCCGCACAGAAGCGUCGCACACAGCAGCUCAAGCGAUGGGCCGUCUACGAGAAGGAAAUGCAGAACAGGAAGCGCAAGGCUGACAAACGGCGCGGUCACGGGAACCUGCGGGAGAACUGCAGGAGGGUUUCGUUUGCGGCGAGCAUCGCUCUGCUGGAGGCCUCGGCGAGGAAUGAUCCGGAUGAAGUGCGAUAUCUACUGAAGAACAACUUGAGUCCUGAUCUGUGUAACGAAGAUGGACUGACAGCCCUGCACCAGUGUUGUAUUGAUAACUAUGAGGAUAUGGUGCGGAUCCUGCUGGCUCACGGAGCGACUGUCAACGCUCAGGACAACGAGCUCUGGACGCCACUUCAUGCUGCAGCAACUUGCGGACACAUAUGCCUUGUCAAAAUCCUCAUCCAGCACGGCGCUGAUCUCUUAGCAGUGAACUCAGAUGGUAACAUGCCCUAUGACCUCUGUGAGGACGACCCCACGCUCGACAUCAUCGAGACCGCCAUGGCCAACCGAGGCAUCACGCAAGAAAUGAUCAAUGAGACGAGAGCAGCGGUGGAGAGGAGGAUGCUGGGAGAUAUUCAGAACCUUCUGCAGGAUGGAGCUGACGUCAAUCAACAUGACUCCCAGGGGGCCACGCUGUUGCACAUCGCAGCGGCGAACGGUUAUGCACAGGCUGCAGAGACGCUGAUGGAGGGAGGAGCCAGAACAGACAUGAAGGAUUCUGAUGGGUGGACGCCGUUACACGCCGCAGCAUGCUGGGGGCAGGUCCAUGUUGCCGAGCUGCUGGUUUCUCAUGGAGCCGAUCUAAACGCCAAGACGUACAUGGAGGAGACGCCCAUAGAUCUGUGUGAGGAUGAGGAGUUCAGGAAUCAUCUGCUGGAGUUGAAGCACAAACACGACAUCAUCAUGAAAUCACAGCUGAAGCACAAGACAUCACUGUGCCGCCGGACCAGCAGCACGGGCAGCCGCGGGAAAGUGGUGCGCAGGGCGAGUCUGUCCGACAGACACAAUCUCUGCAGGAAGGAGUAUCAGACCGAAGCCAUCGUGUGGAGAGGAGGCCGAGAGGAAGAGGAGCGAGAGUCUGAGCAGGAGAACAGCCGCUCGACGCAGCCGGACGACGUUCCUCGAGCGCUGGGGAUCCUGAAGGAAGGCGGCCGACAGAACGUCUGCAUCUCCAGCACUCCAGCGCCGCCUGUGUCUAACGGUGACCCCGUGACCCCUGACCCCUGUGACCCCGACCCUCCGCCCUCCGCCGAGGAGCCCAAGCGCAAAGAGCGUGCGCAGACACUGUCCGAACUCAAGAAGCAGCGCUCCGCCGCCAAACUCCUCACACAGCCCGUGCUCAACGGACACCUGGGAAACGGCUCGACCAAACCCCGUCCAGAAGAUCCACGCAUGCCGCUGGUCUCGUCCAAUGGCAGCGCAGUCUACUUCACGCCGGCCAGUGGAGACCCGCCCCUUCUGAGGUUCAAGCAGCCAAUAGAAGACGAGGAUCCCAAGAGUGACAGCUGCUGCUGCGUCUCAUAAGGCACUCUCAAACGCCGCACUUCUAGGAACUUAAAGGACAA